AUGGACAUUUCGCCUGUCGUCAAGCCUGUCGAACGGGCGGCAUUUAUGCGCGUCGCAAUGCCUAUUCUUGUCAUUCGUCGCCUUUUCUGGUCCUGCUCUGCUACCGAAACACUUUUUGACUGCUCCAUUAGAACAACAAACUUGGGUUCACAGUUUGUCACCUUUCGGCCCAUCAAUCCCAAUGUUAGUCGACUCAAAAAAAGGCAGUAUGGGGCAGCAGUAUUUUGGGCUCACCUGCCCCUCAAGCUCCACCUUGACUUCGUCCAGCUUCUCUUGUCCAUCUUUUUUGCGUGCUACCAUGGUAACCUGUCUUUCUUCGGGACACCUUUUGUCUGA